AUUUAUACUUAUCAAAAAGUCAGUCUCGUGACUCUCGUCCAUCAUCAUUUUGAUGAAGAUGUGAAGUUCGGAACCGAGGAUUGGGGGAUAAAAUGAUGGCACUAAAUCCAGUGCUAGGCAGCACUUUAACGCACUUGAUUUCAUGCACCUAUAUUCUUACUACUACCUAUACUAUCCGGUAUUGGACAAUACAAAUGCCCUCCUCCUUUCCUCGUCUUGGCUCUGAGCCCCAAUGCCAAUCCAAACACAACUCAGCUGAGCUGAGUGUAGGGGGUAGGGGCAGCGCCACCAUGCUACGCCAUGGAUAUGUUCAGCUCUAGAUUUAGUCAGCUCUUUCUGCUGGUCACUUAUAAUCUAGACCGUCGCACUAAAACCGGCAUCUCACCCCCAUAUGGGAGACACGAUCUAUUAUCAGAAGCUUCAAGAGCUCAAUUAAUAUAUCUUGUGCCUCCUUAGCCCUGUUGCGUGUAAGACAAUAAGAUUCGUUGUACAAUAUGAGGCUGUUAAACUCCUGCAGUGGGGAGAUGAAGCAUUUUAUCUCGUACGCAGAUAUCCCACCAUACGCUAUUCUCUCUCAUACCUGGGAUGAUGAUGAAGUCACUUUUCAAGAUUGGCAAAUGUUGCCAUGGCCCGAGGUGCAGCGUAAGAAGGGCUAUCGGAAAAUAGAAUAUUGCUGUGAGCAAGCUUAUAGAGAGGGUUUGCAAUGGGUGUGGAUUGACACGUGCUGUAUCGACAAGACGAGCAGCGCCGAGCUGACCGAAUCUAUCAACUCCAUGUUCCGCUGGUACAAGAACGCUGUAAUAUGCUAUGCUUAUCUAACUGACGUGUCCAAGAACCUAUGCCUCUCCGCAAUUGAGAAGGAACUUUUCAAAAGUCGGUGGUUCACGCGCGGGUGGACGUUGCAGGAGCUGAUUGCGCCAUCCGAAGUCGUGUUCUACUCGAUGGACUGGCACCAGGUGGGCACCAAAUCGGAGCUCUCACCGUACAUCGCUGGCAUCACGAACAUUGAGGAAAUGUACCUCGACGCCGCCAAUUUGGAGCACGCUAGCGUGGCACAGCGCAUGUCUUGGGCCGCGCGCCGUGAGACCUCCCGCGACGAGGAUUUGGCCUACUGCCUCCUUGGAAUCUUUGAUGUUAACAUGCCGCUCAUCUACGGCGAAGGCCCCAAGGCUUUCCAACGCUUACAGGAGGAGAUCAUGAAGGCGUUCCCCGAGGAUCACACGCUCUUUGCUUGGGGCACUGUUGUGCAGAAUUUCUCCAAGUACGCCAAGACGGAAGCGCAAGUGCUGGGCGACGAAGAAAUGGAGUGGGAGCGAGGCAACGACGAUGACUAUGAUGAUGACGAAGAAUCGCUUCUAGGCUUUCUCGCGGAGAGCCCUCGGGACUUCGAACAAUCGGGACGGUUCGUCUGCUAUCGUGAAGCCAAGAAGUUCUUCCGGCGAUGGGACUUCCCACUUACAGCACCCGCCAUAAUCGGACGCACGAUGCGGUUGGAUCUGCCGGUUCUCGGUGGCGCGGCGCCCUUCGCCGUGUACCACUUAAUGCCACAGCUACCAAUAGCACGCCUGCGCAGCGUUAAGACGGCGGUACUAGUGUGCGGGCGGCAGGAUGAGGAGACGCUCGAGUUCCAGUUCGUGACCGUGCCGCUGCUGAUCUGCACAGGGGGCUACUACGGGCGGACGCGGGAGAUAGUCGUGAAUAGCUACAUAUCGCUGCCGCGCGUCAACUACGACAUCCUGGGCCGUUGGCGAAACCAGCUCGUCGUUGAGCGGCAGCCGCGGUACCUCCCCCGUACCGGCGAUAUCAUCCUUCGCCGCUUCGUGACCAUCGUGCCGUGCGCCACAUCCAUCGCCGUCGAGACCGUCGACGUCGCGAUCGACGACGGUUUUAUUAAGGCGUUGGCCCCAACGCAGGGCCGCAUCGCCUGUCUGACUUUCGAGUACAACGAUGUCAGUGGUUUCGGUCUACACAUCAGCCGUGUGGGAGGAGACGAAGAAGGGACCGGGAACUUGCAUUUUGCGAUAAUGCCUGUGGACCUUUCAGCUCAGGGAUAUGUGCCGGAGGCGGUGGAGGUAGGGGAGGAUAAGAGGGGGCUGUUGGAGGAGAUAAAGGAAGAGGAUGGGAAGGGUGAGGAGGGGAAUGAUAGCGUGAAAGAAGAAGAAGAAGAAGGUAAAGGUCACCUUGACGAAGACGGCGAACAGGAAGAAGAGGAUGAUGAUGAUGAUGAAUGGGAAGACGUGGAGGAGGAAGACGACGAAGAGGAUGACGAGGACGAGGAACCAGACACCGCCCACACCCCAUCAUCACAACAAUUCCCCAAACCAUCCCCCACCCCCUCUCCCACAAACGCCCACGACAUCCCCCCAGCACCGCCCUACUUCCGCGACACCCGCGAAGCCUACUACCACUUCUGGGACCACUGGGAGGACGCGCCCUACACGCAGACCAUGGCCCUGCCGACCCACACCUGGGAGGUCCCCGAGACCCGCCAGAUCCCCCGCGUCCGCAUCACCGCCCACCGCAUGUACAUCGACCACGACCCCGCCCAGCCCGUCGACGUCCUCGACGUUGUCAUUACCUCGAGCUGGUCGCCGUCUGGGCAGCUGCCGGAGGGUGAGGCAGGGGAAGGGGAUGGUGGUGGUGAUGAUGGUGCUCUGGUGAAGGCGUACCAGGAGUAGGAGGCUUGGAAGAGAAGCCCAGCAGCAUGACAACGAAGAACACAGGAGGUAUGUUUAUGUUUACUGGGUAACCUAGGUACCUAGGCGUGGAUAGGCGUUGUUGAUUCCAAUGCAUGAUACCCCUUCCUCCCCCUUUUCUUCUUCUCUUCUCUCCUUGUUUUUUUUUUUCUUUUUUUUUUUCUUUUUCAUAUACCUACAUAGCAUCUGGAUAGCGUAGCAUACCUAGCGUAGCAUAGCACAUCAUUUUUAUCUACUUUUUCUUUUAGGAUUACUUCCUCGCCAAAGCAGCCUCAUACGUUCUGGAUAUACCUUCAUACCUACCUACCUCUUACACCGGUGCCUAGGCCAAUAGGCAAAGGCGGACU